AUGUAUAAUAUUUCUAUGCAAAUGUUUUCAAAACAGCGACUUAAUGUUAAUCCUUUAUUCCGGAACAAUUUUGAAUAUUUAACCAGAAACUUGAGUAGAUUUUAUAAAAAAAUACAUACUAUAUUUUUUGAUUCUUAUGAUAAAAAAGCUUCUGAAAGGUUUAUAUUUUGUAAAUAUUUGCCUUAUAAAUCAAGGUAUUAUCCUUUUUUUCCUAAAGAUAUUCAAUGGCAAUAUCGGUAUUUGCAUUGGCAAGCAUCUUCAAAACAUAACCCGUCUAUAAUAUGGUCCUCUAGUAACCAUGACGAAUCUAUAGAAACUAUGAGAGCUCGUCUUCUUUAUCAAAGUCGCAAAAGAGGUAUUUUAGAAACAGAUUUGUUAUUAUCCACAUUUGCAAAAAAAUAUUUGCCAUUAUUCACAAAAGAAGAACUUGAAACAUAUGAUAAGCUUUUAAAAGAAUCUGAUUUAGAUAUUUAUUCAUGGAUUAUUGGAAAAACAGAAGUACCUGAUAGAUGGAAUAAAAACAGUCUUUUCCUUACUCUUAAGUCACAUUCCCAAGAUCAGAGUGUAUCUAUUCGAAGAAUGCCGGAUCUUACUUAA